GGUACUAAAUUAUCCGUCUACUCGUUACCGCUAUGUGUGUGCCAGUCUAUAGAGUGUGCCAGCCUUCAGGGUUUCAAUGGAUGAAUUGUAAAUAUACCUAAUGAGAUGGAAAUUAUUUGUGUGUCUUUAUUACAGAUGUGGAUAUCCAAAGGCAUUUCCCGAAAACAUCAUGGAUAAUCAAAUUGAAACGGCUUUGUGCUGUUCAGACAGCAUUUCUCAAACAUCUGUCACCAUCUCAGACUUUUCCGAUGAGAUUUUACUGAAUAUCCUCUGGUUCAUUCCAAGCCAUGACUUGAUGCUCAAUGUGAGCCGGGUGUGCCAGAAACUGCGAACACUCAGUCUGGACAAGAGCUUGACUGCCCGUAUACACCUGCAUAAAGAAUACACUGCAAACAACGGUGCUGUGAGACAACUCCUGAAGAAUCUGUCCAGUGACAUCCAGACAUUGGACCUGAGUGGCUGUUACUGGUUGGCUGCCACUACGGUGGAUCAGGUGACCCGCUGUAAGGGCCUGGUCAGCCUGGAUCUUUCAGGCUGCCGAUUGACAUCAGUUCGUCUCUCAAAUCUGCUGACCUCUCUUCGUUCUCUGCGAUCACUAGCUCUGGAUGUUGGCCCUGGUUUUGACCUCCAACAGCUGAGUUCAGAGGGGAAGGCUGCUUUGUCGCGCCUUCAGGAGCUCAAGCAGACAUUGCUGACUCCCUCGUAUGGCGUGGUGCCAUGUUGCAGCGCACUGCGUAGCCUGCGGCUCUAUCUAGAGGCCAGUGAGGUCUCGAGAGAAGCAGGUGGUUGUGCACAGCUCAUGGUGGGCCAAAGCAGCGUGCCACACUACCAGAACUUGCGUUGGUUUUCUGCACGCUUGGCACCUGGUGAGGUCAAUCGUACUCUGUUGGCCCUCUAUUUGGCAGUCUUCAGUAUGAGAGUGCCAGAGGGUCUUACGGGAUUGGUUCUCUCUGUGCCUGGCCCAGCCCCUCCAAGGCCAGCAGCCAUGAUGGCGCUAAUGGAAAGCAUGGCGUCGUCAUUGGGAAAUACAGUUAGCGCCCUUCAGCUUCCACGCACGUGGUUGGAUGGUGCUAUUCUAGGGCGGGUCCUAGCACAUGGCUGCCCUGCUUACCUAAAUGUUUCACGAUGUUCAUCUCCAGGGUUCAACCCACUGCAUGUGCUCCUUAGUGCAGGCCGUGACCUCACACCCCUACGGAGUCUCAACUUGCGGGGUUGUGGUCAAGGCCCUAUCCCUGAUAGCUGUGGUAAGGGUGAGGAGGAAAUGGAUGCAGAGAGUGUCAAAGCACUUACUGAAUGUUGUCCACAACUUAUUCACCUUAAUUUAUCUGCAACGCACUACCACCAUGCUGUUCCUGCUGGGCAGGAUGGGCACUUGUGUGGCGCCUUAGGACGACUUGCUUCCUUGCGCUCGCUGGCACUUCCUGUCUGUGCCUUGGCGCAAUCCUCACCAGCACCUCUGAACAUGCCAGAUUCAAACACAAAUCUCACCUCAGGAUCAUUGUUACUUGGCCUUAAGAAGAGCAGCCGCAUCGGCGUACCCACAUAUCGGCCCGGAACAGAGUUCGCAGGCAGUGGAGAUCAACAGGGGGACAGGGGGUUGUGCAUUCAACCACUGCUUCAAGGUUGUCCCCACCUGGUAGAGCUGGAGCUUAUUGGCGCAGGCUUCUCCUCUGCUAUGCCACGCAAUGAGCCUGCCAUCCGCAAGGACCCUGCCGCCUGCUCCUGGUCUUAUAAUAUCGGAGAUGGUGAGUUAGCUGCAUUAAGAGGGCUGAAAUUUUUACGCAAGCUCACCCUUGCUCAUUUACCUGGAGUGCUGAAGGGAACAGGACUAAUGGAACUUGUUCAGGGGUGCAAGGACCUUCAUUCCUUAUCACUGGCGAACCUCGGAUCCUUAAAGACCAUGAACUAUACACAAGCCCUGCUUGAGACUCUUACAAACUGCACACAGCUCAGGGACUUAAGGCUGGAGCAGCCCUACUUUAAUGCGAAUGCUGCAGUUUUUGAAGCUCUUAGUCACUGUCACCAGCUGCGUCGUCUGUGUCUCGUCUCUCGACAUGGAACCUUCCACCCCUCUGCAGUGGCAGCUUUCAUGCAGUGCUGUGAAGAUGUCGUCAUGUGCCACAUGUUCAUGAGCGGAACACUGGUGGCCUGUAAAACACUGCAGAAAACCCUGCUGGACAGUUUCUCAACAUCUCGUCCAGCACUUAGUGUGGUGAUUUACCCUUUACUACAUGAAGACCUGGCACAUGUCAUCAGGGGUAUGCCACUUUGCCACCUAGAUGAGAUCACACUUUUCAAAAGCCGUGUUGCUGAGGAGCCCAUGAAACUGUGAUGGAAACCCAGAAAAAGAAAAUGAUCAGUGCUGUUCUGUUAGAAAAAAUAUGUAUAGUGAGAAAUCUCUUUUUGUUUAAUGAAUAUAAGAAAUCUGAUCGGUGGAUACCAGGGAAAUUGUUUGAACAUUUGUUUUGGUUUUCACACCAACCAGCCAGUAUGAACAAACUCUUUACCAACUGAAAAUGUUAUCUUUGUGUAUGUGCCAAAAUUAA